AUGUUUGUAACUACAGAACUCUUCAAAAACAUAUCAGUUAGAGAUUUCUAUAAAUUUGUGGAUGCAGCAGAGGUGAAUAGUGAUCAUCCAAUAGCAAAGGCCAUUGUUGAUCAUGUGAAAGAUAUCUUAGAAGAUGAACAUAAUCAGUCAUUCCCAGAAGCAAAAGACUUUGUAUCUGCUUUAGGACAUGGAGUGAAAGCAAUUGUUCAAAAUAAGGAAUUAAUGCUAGAUCAUAACAUAGUUAUUUCAAUAGAAGCUGAAGAAGCACUAGCAAAAGGUGAAACUAUGGCUCAAAUUGGGAUUUUAGUAAUCAUCGGAUGGAGAAGUUGUUGGAGUUCUGGAUGUGUUUGA